UCCGUUUCCUUUCCAGCUGGGACAGGGCACAGCCACCCUUGAAGGGUCAGCUCUUCCACACAGUCCUGUGGCCAAGCUGCUUAGGUGCCUGGGACAGGAGUCAGCUCUACCUGGGACCACCAGGCCCUGCAUGUAACAGCCCCUCAGAUCCAGCUGCCCGGAGGCCAACAAGCAGGUCAUCCCCCAAGACUGCUGAGGCCACCGCCCUAUGUUGUUGUAAUGGAAACUUCUCGACUGCUCUGUGAGCACCAGCUCCGGUUCCUGCCCCGUGUGGCUCUGAUCCGCAGCAGAUCGCAGGACAAGGCAGGUGGGAAAGCACACACAGGAACAGUACAAUACCACAGGAGCACAGGACCAUGCUCCAGUAAAUGAGGUCUGCAGCUCGAGCCUCGCACCCCAGCUCCCAACCACAGACACAGCAUCCAACCAGAGAGAAUGAGGAGCUCACUCAGGGCUCACAGCCAGCCAGGGCUGAGACGGAGGGUAACAGGAAGUACCCCCCCUCUAUCCUGAGACCCAGCCGACCAGAUCGUGGGUGCCAUGAUAAUGAGUCACGGAGAACCUCGAGACACGUGCGGUUCAGAGAGCCCUUGGAGGUGGCCGUCCAUUACAUCACCCACAGGGACACCAAGGCUACUGUCAAGGUGCCCAGCCGGUCAACUUCCCGUGGUGGCCCCCUGCUCCAGCUGGCACCUCGAAAUGGCUCCCUAUUCUUGUGGCUGACUGUGUGUGUCCUGCUUGGAGCCGUGCUGGGCCUGUACUGUGGCAAAGGGAAGCCUGUCACGGUGGCCCUGGAGGACCUCCGGGCUUGGCUCCGCGUCCUCAUCCUGCGUCUGUGGCAUGUGGUCCUUGCCUGCUGGCACUGCCUCCUGCAGCUCUGAACCAUGGCUGGAUAGCAAUGUUGCCUUUGGACAGCCCUGGAGGGCAGAGCUCUGGGGGCCCACAGUGACCUUUGGGUUUGCACAUGGUUGUGUGCCCAGGCACGGAGGCUAACCCCAGGGCAGAGCCCAGCUGGUCAAUGAUUCGCAAACCCAGAAGCCCUAGGGGGCUGCUGCCACGGGACAAGUGAGAAACGGGGACAUCUCUGGCUUGGCACAGCAGGUACCCUCCCCUGCUCCAGUCAGUACAGGCUGGGGUCUUGGGAUCCCAAGAUUCUUUAUCCAUUGUGGCUGGGGACUCCUGUGCUUCUGUCCAGCCCUCCCUCACCUGGAUGUCACCAUGAGCAGCCUUUUGAGGACGAGUGCCACCCGCAUCUGAGGGGCAGCUUGGGAAGGCAAGCCCCAGCUUCCUACUGCUCUGAGGGCCAACCCUUGCCACACUGUCUCUCUGCAGUUCAUGGAGCCCUGUGGGUACCAGGAUCCCAUCCUCUAAGGCCAGGUCUGAUUCCCCCUACUAGGAUCUAUGGUUGCCACUGUAGUGGGGGAGGGGAGGGGACACAGCCCAGUAGUGUGGGAACACAGCCUAGAUCCGGACCCACUUGCUCUCAGAACACAUAUGGUACCUGGGCCCUAUUACCAGAGCCUCGACCAAGCCCAAGGCUACCAGGACUACCACCAGCUGCAGGGCCUGUGGCUGUCCCAACCUUGCAUAGGCACAGCCUGUCACUUAUGUUGCAGGGCCAAGGGAAGCGCAUGACAACAAACUUCAGGGCUCCCUAGACCCACAUGGAAGGGGAGCCCCGAGCACAGCAAAGAGGCCCACAGUCAGACACCAGGAGGAACCACCAGGGGGAGCGUGUGCCACCCUGGAAUAAACAUGUGAUGAGUGUUUGGGGGCCAGUGUGAGACUUGAGAGCACAGGUAGUUGUUCUCUUAAUGUGUCCCCACUACUUAUGUGAACGGAAAAUAUUCUGUAUGAAAAUACCUGCAGCCUCUUCAGUCCCCAGAUCUUUACAGAAUGGCUGCUCAGGAAUCCCUCCGGGGCCAGUGCACUUGUCUAGACACUGGAGCACCUCCGCUCUACCCUUUACAGCCCAUGGGUCCUUGUAACUGUCACUCAUGUGAAUUUGGGGGACCCACCGUUCCUCCAGGACCACAUCCCCCACAAGACUUGCCUGGAUUCCCAGCUUACUAGGCUGCUGUAUGCCCUCCUCUGGCCCUCAGGGACCCCACAUGGUGGUCUCCAGCUACAGAAUUUGGGAGGCAUAGUGUGGAGGAGACCAGUAGAGAAAGGUUCUGCUUCUAGGAGUGGCCUAGAAAGGACCAGCUGGAGAGCACAUUCCCUAAGAUCCACCAUCACCAUGGUUGCUGCCCCCUACACCACCCUAGCCAUCCCCAAGACCAAUUCCAUCUCCCCCCACCCUGGGACAGGGCAGGCUCACUACUGGCCCAAAUGCAGAUAAGGAAACAGACACAAAGAGAUGAGGUCACAGGCCUUAAGGCCAUCCCUCCCACCCUACUUUGGGGCAGGGGGUGGAUGGACCCUCCAGGAAAGAAGUCGGCCAGCCCAUGUUCAGCAGGGGGCUAGGGCUUCCGUCCUGAACCUCAGCCAAUGUCCACUACAAA